AUGGGCCCUCAGGUUGACUGAGAUGAUCAGCCCCAGAAUGAUCGCCAGCAUUAAACCAUCAAUGCUGGCAUUCCCUCAGGCACAUCUCUAACAGGGAAACGGUGGUGUGCUGUUUCAUGGGGCUGUCAGGUGGGGGUAGAAGUUCAGGCUCCCAACUUGGCCUCCUUGGCACUUGAGGUGAUGGCUGUGGGCACCUAGUGGCCUAUCAGGACAGUGGCACAAUGACAUCUAAGAAUUAUCCAGGGACUUACCCUAAUCACACUGUUUGUGAAAAGACUAUUACAGUACCAAAGGGGAAGACACUGAUUCUGAGGUUGGGAGAUUUGGACAUUGAAUCCCAGACCUGUACUUCUGACUAUCUUCUCUUCACCAGCUCUUCAGAUCAGUAUGGUCCAUAUUGUGGAAAUAUGAUUGUUCCCAAAGAGAUCUUGCUGAACACAAGUGAAGUAACUGUCCGCUUUGAGAGUGGAUCCCACAUUUCUGGUCGGGGCUUUUUGCUGACCUAUGCCAGCAGUGAUCAUCCAGAUUUAAUCACAUGUUUGGAACGAGCUACCCAUUAUUUAAAGACAGAAUAUAGCAAAUUCUGCCCAGCUGGUUGCAGAGACAUAGCAGGAGACAUUUCUGGGAAUAUGGUAGAUGGAUAUAGAGAUACCUCUUUAUUGUGCAAAGCUGCCAUCCACGCAGGAGUAAUUGCAGAUGAACUGGGUGGCCAGAUCAGUGUGCUUCAGCGCAAAGGGAUAAGUCGAUAUAAAGGAAUCCUGGCCAAUGGUGUGCUCUCAAGGGAUGGUUCCCUGUCAGACAAGCGGUUUCUGUUUACCUCCAAUGGAAUAAACAUUACAAUGGUGGCUAUUCCCUUGGUGCUCCUGAUUGCCCUGUUGCUGGCUGGCAUAGGGAUCUUCGCAGCCUUUAGAAAGAGAAAGAAGAAAGGAUAUCCAUAUGGAUCAGCUGAGGCUCAGAAAACAGACUGUUGGAAGCAGAUUAAAUAUCCUUUUGCCAGACAUCAGUCAGCUGAGUUUACCAUCAGCUAUGAUAAUGAGAAGGAGAUGACACAAAAGUUAGAUCUCAUCACAAGCCAUAUGGCAGAGUACCAGCAGCCUCUCGGGAUCGGCGCCGGGACGGUCGCGAGGAAGGGCUCCACCUUCCGGCCCGCGGACUGCGACGCUGACGAGCCCGGGCAGAGCGCCGGCGGCCACUACGACCUCCCGCAGCGGCAUGAAAAGCACAACAGGGUGAUUGUUUAUUUAGCAAUCAUGACUGCUGAUUUCAAAACCGAGAAGCAUAUGAAGUGGGGGUCGGGCAUCCCGGUCCCAUGGCUGCAGGGGAGCCCCUGCCCUAGGCCUGAGGGAGUGGCCUUUGGGGACUUGCCCUGCGCUGCCACCUCCCCACCUCAGGACUGGCCGGUGCUCAGCAGUCUUCAUAUGCCAGUCCCCCCUCAAACUGCAAAGCCAAAUGCUCUCGAUGCAUUGAAGGUGGCACAGCAACUGCAGUCUGAAUUGCUGUGUCAGAUGGGUGUUUUGUGGCUCACAUUAAAAACAUUGCUGAGGUCCGAUGCCUACACUUUUCAUAACUUUCUUCAGAAAUAG